CAGGACCGAUCAUUUAUUGCAUGGGUGCCCUCAAGGGAUAGCCACUAUUCAGCCAUGUCCAAAAGCCUGAAGAAGAAAAACCACUGGACCAACAAAGUCUAUGAGAGUGUCCUUUGCAGGAAUAAGGAAGGGGAGCUUGGGUUCGAGUUGAAGGGAGGCGCGGAGAAUGGACAGUUCCCUUAUCUUGGGGAGGUUAGGCAAGGCAAGGUGGCCUGCCAGAGCGGCAGACUGUCCCAAGAUGAACUACUCCUUGAGGUCAAUGAAACGCCAGUGGCCGGACUAACCAUCAGGGACGUACAUGCAGUGGUCAGACACAGCAAAGACCCUGUCCGCCUUAAGUGUGUCAAACAAGGGGGCGUCAUAGACAAGGACCUGCGUCACUACCUCAACCUGCGCUUCCAGAAGGCUUCAGUGGACCACGAGCUCCAGCAGAUCAUUAGAGACAACCUCUACCUCCGCACCAUACCCUGUGAGUAA